AUGAGUGCGGAUCUGGAGCUCGAGCUGGAGCGCGUGUCGCUCGGCUCCUCGUCGGCCGCGUCGUCGUCCGGCGGCGCGCGCUCCCUCUCGGCGAACGUUCGGCGCCUGCACCGCGCGCUCAACGUCCUGCUGAGCGACGCCGAGCGCGAGCAGUUCGUGCACUGCCUGAACGCGUACCACGCGCGGCGCAACGUCUACGAUCUCGUGCAGACGCUGCGCGUGAUCCUGAACGUGCCGAGCAAGCGGCAGCUGCUGCCCAUGCUGCGCCUGGUCAUCCCGCGGUCAGACCAGCUGCUCUUCGACCAGUACACGAGCGAGGGGCUCUACAUCAAGGCCGACUCGCUCGCGAGCAACGGGGACCCGGAGACACUGGCGCGAGCGCCAAUCGAGGAUGACGCGAGGAGCAGCAGUAGUACCACCACCACCACCGGCGGCGGGGGGAGCACGGCGGCACUCGUGCCACUGCUGGGCCCCCAUUUCGUGCCGGACACUCCUGGCGAGGUCCGGCGCGUGACCCUGAAACGCCACAAGAGCCAGGAGGGCUUGGGCUUCAGCAUCCGCGGGGGCUCCGAGCAUGGGGUGGGCAUCUACGUGUCCCUGGUAGAGCCCGGCUCGCUGGCCGAGAAGGAGGGGCUGAGGGUGGGGGACCAGAUCCUGAAGGUCAACGAGAAGGUGUUCGACGCGGUCACGCACGCGGAAGCGGUUAAGGUGCUGAAGGGCAACAAGAAGCUGUCCAUGUCUGUGCGCUCUGUUGGGCGCAUACCGGGCGGAUAUGUCACAAAUCACGUCUACACCUGGGUGGACCCCCAGGGCCGCAGCGUGUCUCCUCCUCCAGACCUGAUGGAGCACCGUAGUGCCACUCUGCGACGGAGCGACAGCCAGCGCCGCAGCCACAUGCAGCUGCUGCAGGAGGGUGACGAGAAGAAGGUGAAUCUGGUUCUGGAUGAUGGACGUUCUCUGGGUUUGAUGAUCCGGGGCGGGGCUGAGUAUGCCCUGGGGAUUUACAUUACUGGAGUGGACCGAGGCUCUGCAGCCGAGUCUGGAGGACUGAAGGUGGGUGAUCAGAUCCUGGAGGUGAAUGGGCGGAACUUCCUGAGCAUUCCUCACGACGAGGCCGUGCGCGUGCUCAAGUCCUCCCGACACCUGAUGAUGACCGUGAAGGACGUGGGCCGGUUGCCGCACGCUCGCACUGUGGUGGGAGAGACCAAGUGGAUCGCCAGCUCCCAGAUCACUGAGAGCUCGUCCAGCAGCAGCGUGGCAGGACUCUCUCUGGAUCACGGGGCUUCAGCCUCAGGAAAGGCGGGUUUUUAUAAAGGAGUAGCAGGUUCUCAGGUGACUCUCUCCAGUCUGGUGAACCAGAGCAGGGCCAUGCUGGAGGAACAGGCCAGACACCUGCUCACUGAGCCUGAGAGACAGACAAUGAGCUACUACAUCCAGGAGUAUCGUGAUGGACACAUUGGAGUUGAACAGCUGGUCAUGGCUCUGUUUGAGCUGCUAAAUACACACGCCAAGUUCUCAUUGCUGUCAGAGGUGCGGGGGCUGGUGAGUCCACAGGAUUUGGAGCGGUUUGAUGCACUGGUGCUGAGGAGGGAGAUUGAGGCGCUGAAGGCUCGGCAGGGAGCAGCAGGAGCGGCAGCACUUCACCCAGACUCCUUCUCCAUGGUCUCCUACCCUGACACACUGGCCUCCUCAGCCAGCUACAUGACCAACACUACGCUCAGCUCUGCACGGGAGAGACUGCUGUGGUUGAUUGAUAUGAUGGAGAAUGACAGUGUGGUGGAGAGUAAUGGGGAGGAUGUUCAGGACGGUGGGAACGCCUUGCCGGACGUCUCUCUGGAUGAUAUGGGGUCAACAUCAGACUCCCCUCCCUCUUUCAAACCCCCUCCUCCCCCUGCCGUUCAGCGCCGCCCCAGCCGCAAGUCCGGUCCCAGCAAACGCCCCUCUUCCGGGUCCUCCCAGUCCGGCCUGUACUUUACCGCUCCCUCUCACACACCCACCAAAGACACCAAACACUCCAAACACCCCACCUCGCCCCCCGAUGCCCCAAAGAAGGAGGUCCCUGUGGCCCAGCUUUCUAUGGUCAGUCAGCACUCUAUUGGCCCUUUCCCCCGAGUUCAGUCCCCCAACAGGACCAAAUCUGCAGCUGUGCCCCCAAAUCCCCCUCCAGCCCCAGCAGUCCCAGCUCCCUCUGGCCCCCCUCCACUCUCUAGCCCUGAAAAACCCACCCCCUCCUCUCCAGCCUCCAACCAGCACUUUGUCAUGGUGGAGGUGCACAGGCCCAAUGCAGAGCCUGACGUGAACGAAGUCCGCCCGCUGCCCCAGGCCAGAGGAGCCGCUCUGUCCCAGUUGUCUGACAGCGGACAGACGCUGAGCGAGGACAGCGGAGUGGACAUUGCAGAGUCUGGACGCCUCAGCAAGGAGAGCAGCCCUCGUCCUGCCCGAACACGACCUCCGAGAGAGAGUGCAGGGGGAGGGGAGGGGAGCGCUGUGAAACCGCCCGGUCUUCUGGAGCCCACGUCCACUCUGGUGAGGGUGCCGAAGAGUUCCAGCACACUGGGUAUCGCCAUAGAGGGAGGGGCCAAUACACGGCAACCCUUGCCACGCAUCGUCACCAUCCAGAGAGGUGGCUCAGCCCAUAACUGUGGUCAGCUGAAGGUGGGGCAGGUGAUUCUGGAGGUGAACGGGAUCUCUCUGAGGGGACGCGAGCAUCGCGAGGCCGCUCGCCUCAUCGCAGAGGCCUUCAAGACCAAAGAGAAGGACCACAUCGACUUCCUCAUCACAGAGUUUAACGUGGCAUUAUAGGACCGAGCAAGAGCUACAGAGGAGACGGGUUUUUUUUGGGAGAAACCAGAGGACAACAGAGGCUUCAUUGGCAUGAUGCCAAGACCGGUCCCCAGCCUACUGCUCCUCUGUUAUCAAGAAAUGCCCAAAAGCAGCUCUCAGUGUAGAAACUGCAUUAAAAACAUACAGAGUUUCUAGUCCUACCCCUGCGGUCACUCCAGUAGUGCUACAGACUGCUCAUCCCUCUCCAGAACAGUGUCAUAAACAGGACUUUGGCCUAUCCAGUGUUUUGAUUUUCAGUUCUGUCCGUGUCGCAACAUCUGGUCCAGUCAGUCCUCAUGUGGGAGUCUUACUGUUACAU